UCAGUUGUAGCUCAACCGCCAAUCCGAACAGUUUGCCGAAAAUCGCAUAAUCGCUCCAUUGCACCUCUACGAGUACUCAAUAAGCAAUCAAUUAAUCUUCCAAGCUACGGCGAAAAGUAAUAACACUUGUGUAUAAACAACAAAAAAGAACAACGCAUGUAAAAAAAAACAAACUAACUAAAAGUCUGCGAAUCUUAGAAACAUAAUUAGUAACAAGUGAAACACGAAAUCGAGAAAUAACACACAUUUUCCUACUUCUUAAACUGUUAACUGUGGUAUUUGUAAGUAAACGCCGCAAGGAGUGUAAGCGCGUUUUCCGAGUGAGCAUAGCUAUUUCCCCGAGCAUAGAAGGUCCGCUUGAGGAAAUAUUGCUAACCACCGAAUAGACGUCUCGCGGAGAGGCAAGCAAGAGCAAGGCAGCAAAGACGAAAAAGAUACGCGGACCCUGUGAACCAGUAAAUAAGAAACGACUGCUGACCAUGGGCACCGGCAUCGAACAAAGACCUUGGACACCGACUGUGCGUCGCGGUAAAAUUGCCGCGGAGACUUCUAGUCCGGGACCAGCGUGUGUGCAACUACCAACGUUAGUCGGCAAGAAAGUACCCGACUCGAAGAAACCAGGCGCUCCAGCAUUUACCUUUGGGCAGAAACAUCGCAGUAACUUCGAUUCAAUUGGACCUGGGCCAGCGCAAUACGAUGUCUCCGGUUUAGGUAUGAAAGGAAAGGCCACGCCACCAGCAGCGAGUUUGCGUAGUCGCCCCAAAGACAAAACACUAUUCAGAACGCCCGCUCCCGGCGAAUACGAUGUGGAUCGAUCUGCAAAGGCCGUCGUCGACGCCACACCCAAGUAUUCGUUCGGCCAAAAGCCGCCAAAUGAGAAGCCAAACCUAACUCCUGCGCCAAAUAGCUAUCGCCCAGAGGUAUCAUUUAUUAAAAAGAAAGCACCGAGCUACACUUUUGGUAGAAGAACAAAGCUCAGCUUCGAAAAGGCGACUCCAGCACCCGGUGACUACCAAACGGAAAAAAUUCGUUUAGAUCACAGUCCUGCCUUUUCAAUCGCGGGCAGACAUGACAUUCAUAAAUUCAACGACUCUCCUGCACCAGGAACAUAUUGCCCCGAAAACGUUCGUUUAGGCAAUACUCCGGCUUAUACCAUAAGCGGAAGAAAUGCUAAGAUUUCAGUUAAUGAAACCCCUGGCCCAGGAAAUUAUUGUCCUGAGAAGGUCAGACUCGAUUAUACCCCUGCGUAUUCUAUGGGUGGUCGUCACAACCUUCAAAAAACCAUCGACACACCGGCACCAGGAGCUUAUUGCCCUGAAAAAGUUCGUCUUGACAAUACCCCAUCAUACACAAUGGCUGGAAAACACGAUCCAAAACUCAAUAACGACACACCCGCACCUGGAGAUUACUGUCCGGAGAAGGUGAGACUCGAUCAUACUCCUUCGUAUUCAAUGGGAGGUCGUCACAACCUUCAAAAACCCAGUGAAACACCGGCACCAGGAGCUUAUUGUCCUGAGAAAGUUCGUCUUGACAAUACCCCAUCAUACACAAUGGCGGGAAAACACGAUCCAAAACUCAAUAACGAUACACCCGCUCCUGGAGAUUACUGUCCGGAGAAGGUCAGACUCGAUCAUACUCCUGCGUAUUCAAUGGGUGGUCGCCACAACCUUCAAAAACCCAGUGAUACACCUGCACCAGGAGCUUAUUGCCCUGAGAAAGUUCGUCUUGACAAUACCCCAUCAUACACAAUGGCGGGAAAACACGAUCCCAAACAGAAUAACGAUACACCCGCUCCUGGAGAUUACUAUCCGGAGAAGGUCAGACUCGAUCAUACUCCUGCGUAUUCAAUGGGUGGUCGCCACAACCUUCAAAAACCCAGUGACACACCGGCACCAGGAGCUUAUUGCCCUGAGAAAGUUCGUCUUGACAAUACCCCAUCAUACACAAUAGCGGGAAAACACGAUCCAAAACUCACUAACGAUACACCCGCUCCUGGAGAUUACUGUCCGGAGAAGGUCAGACUCGAUCAUACACCUGCGUAUUCAAUGGGUGGUCGCCACAACCUUCAAAAACCCAGUGAUACACCUGCACCAGGAGCUUAUUGCCCUGAGAAAGUUCGUCUUGACAAUACCCCAUCAUACACAAUGGCGGGAAAACACGAUCCAAAACUGAAUAACGAUACACCCGCUCCUGGAGAUUACUGUCCGGAGAAGGUCAGACUCGAUCAUACUCCUGCGUAUUCAAUGGGUGGUCGCCACAACCUUCAAAAACCCAGUGACACACCGGCACCAGGAGCUUAUUGCCCUGAGAAAGUUCGUCUUGACAAUACCCCAUCAUACACAAUGGCGGGAAAACACGAUCCAAAACCCAAUAAUGACACACCCGCACCUGGAGAUUACUGUCCGGAGAAGGUCAGACUCGAUCAUACUCCUGCGUAUUCAAUGGGUGGUCGUCACAACCUUCAAAAACCCAGUGACACACCGGCACCAGGAGCUUAUUGCCCUGAGAAAGUUCGUCUUGACAAUACCCCAUCAUACACAAUGGCGGGAAAACACGAUCCAAAACUGAAUAACGAUACACCCGCUCCUGGAGAUUACUGUCCGGAAAAGGUCAGACUCGAUCAUACUCCUGCGUAUUCAAUGGGUGGUCGUCACAACCUUCAAAAACCCAGUGACACACCGGCACCAGGAGCUUAUUGCCCUGAGAAAGUUCGUCUUGACAAUACCCCAUCAUACACAAUGGCGGGAAAACACGAUCCCAAACAGAAUAACGAUACACCCGCUCCUGGAGAUUACUGUCCGGAGAAGGUCAGACUCGAUCAUACUCCUGCGUAUUCAAUGGGUGGUCGCCACAACCUUCAAAAACCCAGUGACACACCGGCACCAGGAGCUUAUUGCCCUGAGAAAGUUCGUCUUGACAAUACCCCAUCAUACACAAUGGCGGGAAAACACGAUCCAAAACUGAAUAACGAUACACCCGCUCCUGGAGAUUACUGUCCGGAGAAGGUCAGACUCGAUCAUACUCCUGCGUAUUCAAUGGGUGGUCGCCACAACCUUCAAAAACCCAGUGACACACCGGCGCCAGGGGCUUAUUGCCCUGAAAAAGUUCGUCUUGACAAUACCCCAUCAUACACAAUGGCGGGAAAACACGAUCCCAAACAGAAUAACGAUACACCCGCUCCUGGAGAUUACUGUCCGGAGAAGGUCAGACUCGAUCAUACUCCUGCGUAUUCAAUGGGUGGUCGUCACAACCUUCAAAAACCCAGUGACACACCGGCACCAGGAGCUUAUUGCCCUGAGAAAGUUCGUCUUGACAAUACCCCAUCAUACACAAUGGCGGGAAAACACGAUCCAAAACUCAAUAAUGACACACCCGCACCUGGAGAUUACUGUUCGGAGAAGGUCAGACUCGAUCAUACUCCUGCGUAUUCAAUGGGUGGUCGUCACAACCUUCAAAAACCCAGUGACACACCGGCACCAGGAGCUUAUUGCCCUGAGAAAGUUCGUCUUGACAAUACCCCAUCAUACACAAUGGCGGGAAAACACGAUCCAAAACUGAAUAACGAUACACCCGCUCCUGGAGAUUACUGUCCGGAAAAGGUCAGACUCGAUCAUACUCCUGCGUAUUCAAUGGGUGGUCGUCACAACCUUCAAAAACCCAGUGACACACCGGCACCAGGAGCUUAUUGCCCUGAGAAAGUUCGUCUUGACAAUACCCCAUCAUACACAAUGGCGGGAAAACACGAUCCCAAACAGAAUAACGAUACACCCGCUCCUGGAGAUUACUGUCCGGAGAAGGUCAGACUCGAUCAUACUCCUGCGUAUUCAAUGGGUGGUCGCCACAACCUUCAAAAACCCAGUGACACACCGGCGCCAGGGGCUUAUUGCCCUGAAAAAGUUCGUCUUGACAAUACCCCAUCAUACACAAUGGCGGGAAAACACGAUCCAAAACUCAAUAAUGACACACCCGCACCUGGAGAUUACUGUCCGGAGAAGGUCAGACUCGAUCAUACUCCUGCGUAUUCAAUGGGUGGUCGCCACAACCUUCAAAAACCCAGUGACACACCGGCGCCAGGGGCUUAUUGCCCUGAAAAAGUUCGUCUUGACAAUACCCCAUCAUACACAAUGGCGGGAAAACACGAUCCCAAACAGAAUAACGAUACACCCGCUCCUGGAGAUUACUGUCCGGAGAAGGUCAGACUCGAUCAUACUCCUGCGUAUUCAAUGGGUGGUCGCCACAACCUUCAAAAACCCAGUGACACACCGGCGCCAGGGGCUUAUUGCCCUGAAAAAGUUCGUCUUGACAAUACCCCAUCAUACACAAUGGCGGGAAAACACGAUCCCAAACAGAAUAACGAUACACCCGCUCCUGGAGAUUACUGUCCGGAGAAGGUCAGACUCGAUCAUACUCCUGCGUAUUCAAUGGGUGGUCGCCACAACCUUCAAAAACCCAGUGACACACCGGCACCAGGAGCUUAUUGCCCUGAGAAAGUUCGUCUUGACAAUACCCCAUCAUACACAAUGGCGGGAAAACACGAUCCAAAACUCAAUAAUGACACACCCGCACCUGGAGAUUACUGUCCGGAGAAGGUCAGACUCGAUCAUACUCCUGCGUAUUCAAUGGGUGGUCGCCACAACCUUCAAAAACCCAGUGACACACCGGCACCAGGAGCUUAUUGCCCUGAGAAAGUUCGUCUUGACAAUACCCCAUCGUAUACAAUGGCGGGAAAGCAUAAUCCCAAAGUUAGUAACGAUACGCCCGCUCCUGGUGAUUAUGCACCAGAAGCAGUGAAGCUUGACCACGCACCUGCAUUUACCAUUGUUGGGCGAAGGGAUGUGCAGAAGGUUAGCGAUACACCGGCGCCGGGUGAAUAUUAUCCCGAAAAGGUCCGUCUAGACCAUACUCCAGCUUUCACCAUAAACAGCCGAAAAUUCGUCAAACACAUAGAAUACACACCAUCGCCAUGUGAUUAUAAACCGGAAGAAUGUAACCUUGACCAGUCCCCAGCUUACUCCUUUGGCAUAAAAACAAAUCCUCACGUUAGAAAUGAAUCUCCAGCACCAGGGCAAUAUGAAUUCGAGAAGAUUAACCUGGAUCGAGGUCCCGCGUACACAUUUGGCUUAAAAGUGACUCACGAAUCAAUCAGUGAAACCCCAGCACCCACUGCAUACGAACCCGAAAAACACACUCCCGAUCACGCACCUUCCUUUAGUUUUGGUUUAAAGCCCAAGGACAAACUUGCCACGGAGGCGCCAGCACCCGGUCACUAUCGCCCCGAAAACUGUAAAUUAGACAAUUCGCCAGCUUUCACAUUCGGUCUCAAAGUGGCGCCCAUGCCAGCUCUGCCAAAGGGUGCUUAUGUAGAAGAUCGCAUUUUGCAAAGACGUGAACGGCGCUUAGCCAGUCCAGUACGCACCAAUCAAAACCAGAAUCAGCAAAACGGCGAAGUGGCACAGACCACCGAUUGUUGUUCUAAUGAUGUUGAGCGCACAUCGAGCACAAUCACCAGCACAACAACACGAAGAGUUGGCGAGCAAAAUGUACUUGAAAACGGGCACGCAGGCCGCAGCAGCACCAGAACAACCGUCACGCAGCACAUUACCAGCGGCACCCUGAGCAACGGCACCGAUCCCAAAGCCAACGCCAGCGCCAAAGCUAAAGCCACCAAAACCUCAUCCACUGUGACUUACACGGUUGUCGAUGGUGGAUUGGACAACGGUAGGGCAAUGCACAGUGCGCACGGUAUAGCUGACGGCAGCGCGGUCAAAUCAGGCGGUACUAUCACCAAAACGGUGAUACAGCCGGACGGCACGUCUGUUACAACAACCACAUCCUCGAAAACUUCGUCUGUCAAAUAUGUUGUUGAGGCGAACGCCACUCACGAAAAAAUCAUAAGCUCCUAAUGUCUAUAAAAUACCCACCGUCUUGGGUGUCAGCAAGGAAGGUCCGAUACGUUCAGCGCCGGCCUUCACCAUGGCCGGUAGACAGAAGCCGCGAUUAAUACCAUCAUUGUUGCUGCCCGGUCCCGGUGCCUACGAUGGUGAAUACUCGGUUAUGAAAUAUAAGCCACCCAUGUACACAAUGCGCGGCAAAUUCAAGUACCCGAG